AUGGAAGUGGACCCCAAAGUGAUCAAACGUACCCAAGAGACUUUGGGAAAUAUAAUCAAAAAGCCAACGCUCACGGAUAAGCUGCUUUCACGCCCUCCUUUUCGCUUUCUACACGACAUUUGUACAGCAAGCCACAGGAUUGAUGAAAGGACUCUUCAGCCCCGAAGAAUUGAAUGCAGACAACGUGAAAGACAAAGAAUCAAAUUCACGGUUAUGUUAUACCGGUAA